AUGACAGAGGCAGACCUCCUUAACCUUCUGGAAGAUUUAACCGAUGAUGAUUUUGAGAAGUUCAAGUGGUACCUGAAGUAUGAAAAGGUGGACGACAUCCCACCAAUCAAAGAGAGCCAGCUGGAGAAGGCAAAGAGGCAGGAUGCUGUAGAUCUGAUGGUGCAGAAAUAUGCAUUUUCUGGAGCUGUGGAGGUAAUGAAGAGCAUUUUAAAGAAGAUCAAAAGGAAUGAUCUGGUGAAGAAGUUGUCAAACAUCGGCUCAGGAGCAGAAUUGGAUGGUGAUCUGCAGAAGGGUUUAGAUACAUGUAAGAUCAAACUGAGGAGAACGCAUCAAAAAGUGACUGAACCAAGUGAUGAACCCGGAGGUGAAACCCUCUUCAAUGAUAUCUACACUGAUGUCUACAUUACAGAGGGAAAGAGUAAUCAGGUUAAUACCCAACAUGAGGUGUGGCAGCUUGAGACAGAUUCCAAGAUGAAAACCCUCCAUGAUACUUCAAUCAAGUGCCACGACAUCUUUAAACCCUUACCCAACCAAAGCAAUUACAUAAUCAGAGUUGUUCUGAUGAACGGCGUCGCUGGCAUUGGAAAAACCUUCACAGUGCGGAAGUUCACUCUGGACUGGGUAGACGGCUUCAAAAACCAAGAUAUCAGUCUGGUGGUUCCGUUUCCGUUCAGGGAACUGAACUUGAUCAAAGAUAAGAAGUACAGUCUGCUCAUGCUGAUCCAUAAAUUCCAUCCAAUAUUAGAGAAGUUCACAGCAGAGAAGCUCGCUGCCUGUAAAGUUUUGUACAUCUUUGACGGCCUGGAUGAAAGCAGACUUUCACUGAAUUUCAACAACAUGAAGGUCGUGACUGAUGUCACACAGAAGUCAUCAGUCAGCGUGCUGCUGACAAACCUCAUUGAGGGGAAUAUGCUUCCUUCGGCUCUUGUCUGGAUAACAUCCCGACCUGCAGCAGCCAAUCAGAUCCCUCUGAAAUGUGUCGACAGGAUAACAGAAGUACGAGGCUUCACUGACGCCCAGAAGGAGGAGUAUUUCAGGAAGAGAUUCAGUGAUGAAGAGAAGUCCAGCAGAAUCAUCUCACACAUCAAGACAUCCAGGAGCCUCCACAUCAUGUGUCACAUCCCAGUCUUCUGCUGGAUCACUGUUACAGGUCUGGAAGACAUGUUGACUACAGACCAGAUAGGAGAGCUGCCCAAGACCCUGACUGACAUGUACUCACACUUCCUGCUGGUUCAGAUAAAAAGGAAGAAGCUCAAGCAUGUUGGAGGACAUCCGAUUAGUCCACAGGUGCUGACAAAGGCUGACAGGAAACUUCUUCUGAAGCUGGGGAGGCUGGCGUUUGAACAGUUAGAGAAAGGAAACAUCAUGUUCUAUCAAAAAGACCUGGAACAGUAUGGUCUUGAUGUCACAGAGGCCUCGGUGUUAUGUACACAGAUCUUCAAAAAAGAGAAUGUGAGAUUCAAGAAAACAGUCUACUGCUUUGUUCAUCUGACCGUUCAGGAGUUUCUGGCUGCAGUCUACAUGUACCACUGUUACACCAACAAGAACACAAAGGUACUGGAUGACUUCCUGGGAAGACACUAUAAACACAGUGAAACAUCUUUCCCUGAGAAGAUUACUGCUUUUUUCAGAAAAUCUCUCACAAGUAAAAAUGGCCACCUGGACCUGUUUGUCCGCUUCCUUCAUGGCCUCUCUCUGGAGUCCAACCAGAGUCUCUUAGGAGGCCUGCUGGGUCAGACAGACAACAGUCCAGAAACCAUCCAGAGAGUCAUCGACAACCUGAUGGAGAUAAACAUGUACGAUAUCUCUCCUGACAGAAGCAUCAACAUCUUCCACUGUCUGAUGGAGAUGAACGACUGCUCAGUACAUCAGGAGAUCCAAGAUCUCCUGAAGUCAGAGAACAGAUCAGAGAAGGAACUCUCUGUGAUCCACUGCUCAGCUCUGGCCUACAUGCUGCAGAUGUCAGAGGAGGUUCUGGAUGAUUUGGACCUGAAGAAGUACAACACAACAUGGGAGGGACGACAGAGACUGAUCCCAGCUGUGAGGAACUGCAGAAAGGCUCGACUUUCUCGUUGUUAUCUCUACAAGACUCACCAUGAAGUUGUGGCCUCAGCUCUGAAGGCCAACCCCUCCCAUCUGAGAGAGCUGGACAUGAGCUACAAUGCCCUGUCUCAUUCAGAUGUGAAGGUUCUGUGUGCUGGACUGGAGAGUCCAAACUGUAAACUGGAGACUCUGAGAUUGGAUGACUGCAGUUCUUCAGAGACCAGCUGUGCUUUUCUGAUCUCAGCUCUGAAGUCCAACCCCUCCCAUCUGAAAGAGCUGGAUCUGAGUUACAACAAACUGAGGGAUUCAGACGUGAAGAUGCUGUGUGAUUUUCAGAAGACUCCAGGCUGUAGACUGGAGACUCUGAUAUUGUUUGACUGCAGAUUGUCAGAGAUCAGCUGUGCUUCUCUGGUCUCAGCUCUGAAGUCCAACCCCUCCCAUCUGAGACAUCUGAACCUGGGUAACAGCAAGCUGCAGGAUGCAGACGUGGAGCUGCUGUCUUACGUUCUGAAGAGUCCACACUGUAGACUGAAGAUUCUCAUGUUGAGUGGCUGCAGUUUGUCAGAGAUCAGCUGUGCUUCUCUGAUCUCAGCUCUGAAUGCCAACCCCUCCCAUCUGAGACAGCUGGAUCUGAGUCUGAACAAGCUGCAAGAUUCAAACAUGCAGCUGCUGUGUGAUUUUCUGAAGAGUCCACACUGUAGACUGGAGACUCUGAGAAUGAGUGGCUGCAGUUCAGGGAUCAGCUGUGCUUCUCUGGUCUCAGCUCUGAAAUCUAACCCCUCCCACAUGAGAGAGCUGUAUCUGGUUGUCAACAAGCUGCAGGAUUCAGAUGUGGAGCUGCUGUGUGAUUUUCUGAAGAGUCCAGACUGUAGACUGGAGCUUCUGGGUUUGUGGAGCUGCGGUUUGUCAAGGAUCAGCUGUGCUUCUCUGGCCUCAGCACUGAGGUCCAACCCCUCCUCCUAUCUGAGAGAGUUGGAUCUGUGUUUCAACAACCUGAAGGAUUCAGACGUGAAGCUGCUUUCUGAUCUUAAGGAGAGACUGAAGUAUCUGAGCACAGAGCCAGUGGCAUCGCAGCUGAGCUCAGAUUAUUACCACAGAGCUCGAGAGCAAAUGAAGCAGACAACCUAUAAACCUCUUAAACAGAAGCAGUCGGAGACGAGUAGCGCCCUCCGUCCCAGGAGAGACACUCGAGGGAGAAUUUGUGAAUCUAGGACAGUCAAUAGCGCUCCGGUUGACUGA